AGUAGGGUGGCAGGCAGGAGUAGUAGGCGUCCAAUGUGUACGGGGGGAAAAAAAAAAGUGUGUAUUUUUACCCUCAUAUUUCCUCCUUCAUGUCCUCCUGCUUGCUUAUAAAGCCGCCAUUGCCUCCUCUUCAGAAUCAAAUCUGGCUCAUACCCAUUUCCCCCACCCCUCUCUGCAUACAUUUCAUUCCAUCUUCCCUUAUUUUUCCCUUCUGCCUCCUCUAUCUCUAUCUGCGUUUCAGAAAGAUUAACGGAAUAGAUAAGAUUCUCAUAAAACACCCUUUUGUAUAGCAUCUCUCCCCCUCCCCCUUUGCUUAUUUUUGUCACAAAAAUGAAGUACGUCUUAGUGACGGGAGGAGUGGUGAGCGGCCUGGGUAAAGGUGUUACCGCCAGCAGCAUCGGGCUUAUCCUCAAGGCCUGCGGACUUCGCGUUACUUCCAUCAAGAUUGAUCCUUAUUUGAAUUCUGAUGCCGGCACGAUGUCUCCUUUCGAACACGGAGAAGUAUUUGUUCUAGAUGAUGGUGGGGAGGUGGAUCUGGACCUUGGAAACUAUGAGCGGUUCCUGGAUAUAAAAUUGACACGAGACAAUAAUAUAACUACAGGAAAAAUAUUUCAGGCUGUUAUUGACAAGGAGAGAAGGGGAGAUUAUCUGGGACAAACAGUUCAGGUUGUUCCUCACAUAACUGAUGCUAUUCAAGAAUGGAUCGAACGUGUUGCUGCUAUACCAGUGGAUGGAAAAGAGGGUCCAGCUGAUGUCUGUGUUAUAGAAUUGGGUGGUACUAUAGGUGAUAUUGAAUCAAUGCCAUUCAUUGAGGCUCUCGGACAAUUUUCAUAUCGUGUAGGUGCUGGAAAUUUUUGCUUGAUACAUGUCAGCUUGGUGCCUGUUCUAACUGUUGUUGGCGAGCAGAAAACAAAACCGACUCAACACAGUGUUAGGGGACUGAGAAGCUUGGGCCUGACUCCAAAUAUUUUAGCUUGCCGCAGCACGAUGGAACUUGAUGGAAAUGUCAAGGAAAAGCUUUCUCGUUUUUGCCAUGUUCCGAUAGAGAACAUUAUCACAUUGUAUGAUGUUUCCAACAUCUGGCGUGUACCUUUGCUUUUGAGAGACCAGAAGGCUCAUGAGGCAAUUCUGAAGGUCCUGAACCUCAAUAGUGACACUAGGGAUCCUGCACUAGGGGAAUGGACGUCUAGAGCAGAUCUCUGCGAUCUGCUGAACGAGCCUGUUAGAAUUGCUAUGGUCGGAAAGUACACUGGGCUUGCAGAUUCUUAUCUCUCUGUGCUGAAGGCUCUUUUGCACGCUUCUGUUGCAUGCCAUAGGAAAUUAUGCAUAGAUUGGGUACCAGCUAGUGAUCUUGAAGAUGCAAAUGCAGAAGAGAACCCAGAUUCUUAUAGAAGUGCUUGGAAAUUGUUGAAGGGGGCAGAUGCCAUACUAGUUCCUGGAGGUUUUGGUGACAGAGGAGUUGAGGGUAAAAUUCUGGCUGCAAAGUAUGCCCGUGAAAACAGGAUCCCAUAUCUUGGGAUAUGUCUAGGAAUGCAAAUUGCUGUCAUUGAGUUUGCCCGGUCUGUCCUUGAACUAAGCAAUGCGAACAGCACAGAAUUUGAUCCAAACACUGAGAAUCCAUGUGUUAUUUUCAUGCCAGAGGGUUCAAAAACCCAUAUGGGAGGCACUAUGCGUCUCGGAUCAAGGAGGACAUACUUUCAGGGUAGUUCAAGUAAAUCAGCAAGACUAUAUGGUAAUCGGAGUUUUAUUGAUGAGAGACAUCGACACAGAUAUGAGGUAAAUCCUGAUAUGGUCAAGCAACUUGAAGAUGGUGGCCUCUGUUUUACUGGCAAAGAUGAAACUGGUCGCCGCAUGGAGAUUAUUGAGCUGCCUAGUCAUCCUUACUUUGUCGGCGUUCAGUUUCACCCAGAGUUUAAAUCAAGACCAGGAAAACCUUCUGCUCUUUUCUUAGGACUUGUAGCAGCAGCUUGUGGCCAGCUGGAUAAUGUUUUGAAGAAAGGUGCGACAAAGCCAUGCAGGAUGAGCAAUGGCUCAGCAAUAAAAGCACAUCUCUAUGAGAAUGCGGCUAAGUUACCAAAUGGGUCUUUAGAUGGCAUCUACUGCAAUGGCAAUGGUCUACAUGUUUGAAAGUUUAGCAACCUUUGGAGUGUGACAUCUUGAUAUCCAAUUGCAGCUUCAGGAUAUCAUGAUUUUGUUCCAGGCGUUUCUAUGUAUAAAACCAUACUAGUGUUGUAGGUUCUACAGCUUCUCAUGGUGAGUCGUCCGCGGAGUGCAGCUUAAUUCCGGUCUUUUAAACGGAAAGUCGUAUUGCAGCACAAUGCCGUGGAAUAGAACAGAUAGUUGCAUUUUCGUUUAUAGAUCUUCCCAUUUUAGGUUGCUCUCAACAUGUAUGCGACUUUUUCUCAUGCUAUUUUGCUUAGGGCUUGCUACCCUGUGCACGUUAUUUCUAGAUACUUUGUAUUCUAAUGGUUUUUAUGGUACUCUCCAUCGAGUUAAAACACAAGACCCUUAUCUGAAA